AUGACUCUGCCCCGCAACCCUGGGAGUGCUGGGGUGCCCCGGCCCCCCCAGGCCAUGGAGGUCCACAGGCUGGAGCACCGCCAGGAGGAGGAGCAAAAGGAGGAGCGGCAGCGGAGCCUGCGCAUGGGCUCCUCAGUGCAGAGACGGACCUUCCGCAGCAGUGACGAGGAAUAUCAGUUCACUGCUGAAGACUAUGCCCUCGCAGCAGCCCUGGCUCUGACAGCCUCCUCAGAGAAGUCUUGGGAGGCCCAGCUGAGGCGCCAGAUCUCCGCCGUGGAGCUGGAGGAGCGCGGGCAGAAGCGGGUGGGCUUCGGCAACGAUUGGGAGAAGAUAGAGAUCGCCUUCCUACAGACCCACUGGCUGCUGCGCCAGAGACGUGACCGGAAGGCGCUGAGGCGGCAGACAGAGUUGAAAAUCCGAGAAGCCAAGGAGCUGAUGGAGCUGUGUUCUGGCCGGGGGCCUUGGUUCUGGAUCCCUCUGCGCUCCCACGCCGUCUGGGAGCACACCACCGUCCUGCUGACCUGCACGGUGUUUGGCUCCCCUCCGCCCCAGGUCACCUGGUACAAAAAUGACGUGCGAAUCGAUCCCCGCCUCUUUCCCGCCGGGAAGUACCUGAUCAAGAACAACUACGGGCUGCUGACCCUGGAGAUUCGGAGAUGCACUUUUGAGGACUCAGCCACCUACACCGUGUUGGUGAAGAACACCUUCGGCCAGGCCUCCUCCUACGCCAAAGUCCUCGUCCGCACCUACCUGGGUAAGGAAGCUGGCUUCGAUUCGGAGAUCUUUAAAAGACGGAUGCUUGGCCGCAGCGUAGAGUUCACAUCGGUGCUGAAGCCUGUCUUUGCCCGGGAGAAGGAACCCUUCUCCCUGUCCUGCUUGUUUUCAGAAGAUGUGUUAGACGCCGAGCAGAACAUCCAAUGGUUCCGAGAUGGGAGGUUGCUGAGGCCCUCAGGACGCCGGCAGCUCCUCUACACAGACCGCCAGGCGUCCGUGAAGGUGUCCCGCACCCACAAGGAGGACGAGGGCCUCUACACAGUCCGGCUGCCCUCGUUCUUUGGGGUCCAGGAGCAGAGCGCCUAUGUGUUUGUGAGAGAUGCUGCAGCCGAGAAUCCCGGGGCCCCAGGCUCCCCGCUGAGUGUCCGAUGCCUGGAUGUGAACAGAGACUGCCUCAUCCUGACCUGGACGCCACCCAGUGACACCCGGAGCAGCCCCAUCACCAGCUACUCCAUUGAGCGGUGCCAGGGCGAGUCUGGGGAAUGGGUGCCCUGUCACGAGGCGCCCGGGGGGACCUGUCGGUGCCCGAUCCAAGGCCUCAUUGAAGGGCAGAGCUAUCGGUUCCGGGUGAGAGCUGCGAACAGAGCAGGCAGCAGCCUCCCUUCCAAGCCUUCCGAGCUGGUGGUAACGGGUGAACCUGAUGAAGCCCGGAAGAAGACAGAGAUCCCCUUUGACCUGGGAAACAAGAUCACACUCAGCCGAGAUGACUUUGAAGAUUCUGUGACCAUCCCCUCGGCCCCAACCAAUGUCCAUGCCUGCGAGAUCCGAGAGGCCUAUGUGGUCCUGGGCUGGGAGGAGCCGAGCCCCCGCAGCAAGGCCCCACUGACAUACUCCCUGGAGAAGUCCAUCCUAGGUAGCGGCACCUGGGAGGCCAUCAGCACAGAGGACCCUGUGAGAGCCCCGCGAUUCGCCCUUUUGGACCUGGAGAAAGGGAAGUCGUACCUCUUCAGGGUGCGCGCCAUAAACCAGUACGGCAUGAGCGACGCCUCGGAGCCCAGCGAGCCCAUCACCUUGGGAGGAAAGCCAGCUACUCUCCCUCCUCCAGCUCAAGUUCAAGCUCUCAGAGACACGCAGACCUCGGUCUCCCUGACCUGGGACCCCGUGGAAGGCGGCCCGGAGCUCCUGGGUUAUUACAUCUACUCCCGGAGGGUGGGGUCUUCUGAGUGGCAAACAGUUAACAACAAACCCAUCCAGGACAACAAGUUUACAGUUCCCGGGCUGAGGACAGGAAAGGAGUAUGAGUUUUGUGUCAGCUCAGUCAGCGAGGCAGGGGUAGGUGAGCGAUCGGCUGCCACUGAACCCAUCAGGGUCAAACAGGCUCUGGCUAUCCCAUCUGCCCCGUACGAUUUCAUCCUCCUGAGCUGUGGGAAGAAUGACAUGGUCAUUGGGUGGAAACCCCCCAAGCGUUGUGGAGGUGGCAAGAUCCUGGGCUACUUCCUGGACCAGCAUGACUCAGAUGAGCUGGACUGGCAUCCAGUCAACCAGCAGCCUGUCCCAACACGUGUCUGCAAGGUCAGCAACCUUCAGGAAGGCCACUUCUAUGAGUUCCGUGCCCGGGCAGCAAACUGGGCAGGUGUUGGAGAGCUGUCGGCGCCCAGUGGCCUGUUUGAGUGCAAAGAGUGGACGAUGCCCCAGCCAGGGCCCCCCUAUGACGUGCGGGCGUCCGAGGUACGGGCCACGUCCCUGAUGCUGCAGUGGGAGCCCCCGCUGUACACAGGAGCUGGGCCUGUCACAGGCUACCACGUCAGCUUCCGGGAGGAAGGCUCCGAGCAGUGGAAACCAGUCACCCUGGAUCCCAUCUCUGGCACCCACCUGAGGGUUUCUGACCUGCCAUCAGGGAAGAGCUACGUGUUCCAGGUUCAGGCUGUGAAUUCAGCUGGUCUGGGGCAGCCCUCAAUGCCCACCGACCCCGUGCUCCUGCAGGACAAGCCAGAUGCCCGGGAGAUCGAGGUUGGUGUGGAUGAGAAGGGUUUUAUCUACUUGGCUUUCGAAGCCCCCGAGGCCCCCGACUCCUCGGAGUUUCAGUGGUCCAAGGACUACAAGGGCCCGCUGGACCCCCAGAGGGUCGAGGUCAAGGAUGAAGAUAACAAGUCCAAGGUCAUCCUGAAGGAUCCUGGCCUUGAGGAUUUGGGCACCUACUCAGUGGUGGUCACCGAUGCUGACGAAGACAUCUCAGCCAGCCACGAGCUGACUGAGGAUGAGCUGUACAAGCUGAAGAAGUUGAGCCAUCUGAUCAGAAACCCAGUGAUCAAGCUCAUCUCCGGCUGGAACGUGGACAUUCUCGAGCAAGGAGAGGUGCGGCUUUGGCUGGAAGUAGAGAAGUUGUCUCCGGCCGCUGAGCUGCAUCUCAUCUUCAACGAGAAGGAGAUCUUCAGCUCGCCGAACCGCAAAAUCACUUUUGACCGAGAGAAGGGCCUGGUGGAAGUGAUCAUCCAGAACUUGUCAGAGGAUGACAAAGGAUCGUAUACUGCUCAGCUCCAAGAUGGAAAAGCCAAAAACCAGAUCACCCUGACACUGGUGGAUGAUGAUUUUGACAAACUCCUAAGGCAGGCAGAUGCUAAGCGAAGAGACUGGAAGAGAAAACAAGGUCCUUAUUUCAAGGAGCCUUUGCAGUGGAAGGUCACGGAGGACUGCCACGUGUUGCUGACGUGCAAGGUGACCAAUACCAAGCAGGACACCCGCUUCCAAUGGUUCUUCGAGAAGAAAGAGACACCAGACGGUCAGUACGACCCGCAGACUGGAGCAGGGCUUCUCCGCAUUGAAGAGUUGUCCAAAGAUUAUGAGGGAGUUUACAGAGCAGUGGUUUCUGACAAUCGAGGGGAGGACGACACCGUACUGGAUCUUACUGGUGAAGUCCUGGAUGCCAUCUUCACAGAGCUGGGCAGGAUGAGUGCCCUCUCUGCUGCCCCACUGAAAAUCCAGGGCACCGAGGAGGGAAUUAGAAUCUUCAGCAAAGUCAAGUACUACAAUGUGGAGUACAUGAAAACCACCUGGUUCCACAAAGAGAGACGCCUGGAGAGUGGCGAUCGGUUCAGGGCUGGCACCACCCUGGAUGAGAUCUGGCUCCACAUCCUGGACCCCAAGGACUCGGACAGGGGAAAAUACACCCUGGAAAUAGCAGCUGGGAAGGAAGCCCGGCAGCUCUCAGCCGAUCUCUCCGGGCAAGCCUUCGAUGAUGCCCUGGCUGAACACCAGAGACUGAAAGCUGCGGCCAUCAUCGAGAAGAAUCGUGCCAAAGUCGUGAGGGGCCUGCCUGAUGUGGCCACAAUAAUGGAAGAUAAGACCCUGUGCCUGACCUGCAUCAUCUCGGGUGACCCCACCCCUGAAAUUACUUGGCUGAAGAACGACCAGCCUGUCACCUUCCUUGACCGCUACCGCAUGGAGGUGAGGGGGAUGGAGGUCACCAUCACCAUCAACAGGGUCAGCAGUGAGGACAGCGGGCGCUAUGGCGUCUUCGUCAAGAACAAGUAUGGCUCCGAGACGGGCCAGGUCACCAUCAGCGUGUUCAAGCACGGGGAGGAGCCUAAGGAGCUAAAGAAGAUGUAACCCAGCGUGUGCAGGCACAGCCUGGGGUCUAGUCUGCAUGGACCAGUAGGGUCAACCGGUGGGACACAUCCUGGGGUAGGGCAGAGGGGAGAAGGGACAAGGUGGAGCCCAGGACAUGGGGGCAGGGCUGGAGCAGACACACCAAACUUUGAAAACAAAGACCUUUCUAGGGUCAUAAGAAGCCUCCGGGAUAGUAGAGCACUGGUCUUGGAGAGGGAGACCCAGAAACAAAUCUCAGUUCACCUCUAAACUCUCCAUGAGCCUUGGCUUUCUCAUCUAUCAAAUGGGAAUUCCUACUUUUAGGGAUCGUUUGUGAAAACCCCUCAUAAACCAUACACCAGUGGCUCUCAAUAGGAGGCAAUUUUGUCCCUCAGAGGAUGUCUGGCAAUGUCUAAAUUUUUAGUUGUCACAACUGGGGGAUUCUACUGGCACCUAGUGGGCAGAGGCCAGGGAUGUGCUAAGCAUCCUACAGUGCUGUGGACAGCCCCUUUCAACAAAGAAUUAUUUGGCCCCAUAUAUCAACAGGGCUGAAAUUGAGAAACCCUGCCGUACACUAUGUCACAAUAGUCCUCUUUUAGGAUGCUAUAUUUUCAGUUCUCUUAAGUUCAAUAAACAUUCAUUUAAAGUCUAGCAUGCACCAGGGAACACAAAGAUAAAUAAUACUCAGGUCUUGCCCUUAAGGAGACCACAGUCCAGUAGGAGAGAAAGACCCAAGUGCAAAUAACUCCAGGACAAGGCAGAAUAUGAUAAGGAUUAUAAAGCAGGUCCGAAUAAAGUGCAACCAGAGAUCAAAAGAGGAAGACACUCAUCUCAGCUGAGGGAGGUGGGGCUUCAAAACACCUUCACAAAAGGGUAGAAUCGGUGUUGGACCCUGCAAAAUGAGUCUGACUUGGUGGCAUUGAGAGAGGGACAUUAUGGGAGCAGAGUAUGGUGUGAACAAAAGUGAGGAGGUAGGGCAAGCUGUGUGGGCAGACUUGGAUGCCAGGCUAGAGAGAGUUGGAAACCUUUUAGGACUUCUUCCAGGG